GUUCUGGGCUGAGUGAAGGUGGCUGGUGAGCUUGGGCCCAGAACUGGGAGAGUCAGGAGAAACCAUAUGGAGUUAGGAGCACACAUGUAAGCAGAGAGCAGUACUCUGCCAGUCUGGGCCCAGAACUGCUGCAAGGAUCAUGUUGGAGUGACUCAGUGGGGAUUCCACAAAGAUGAUGUUAUCUGGUCCAUUCUCAGUCAAGCAUCAUCACUGUUAUAGUUCUAUGAAAGAUUUGUUUCUGGAUUGAUAUAGCAUCUUUCCUAAAGAGAAAUCAAGAAAAAUAUUACUGGGAAAAACAAAUGGACUCUACUUGGAUAGGCAAGCAAUAAUGUAUUUACUUUAGACCAUGAUAAAUGAAACAAGGAGAACAGUCUUUUCCAGUAAUGUCCAUGGACAAUAGAAAUCGUAACACCACCCAAUCCCACCCCUCCUCCUUCCUCCUGCUGGGGGUACCAGAUCUGUAAGCUGCACACAACUGGCUGAGCUUCCCCUUCUGCUCCGUGUACCUGAUCGCUCUCAUGGGUAACUGCACCAUCCUGUUUAUGAUCAAGACUGAGCAGAGCCUCCACCAACCCAUGUUCUACUUCCUGGCCAUGCUGGCCACCGUUGAUCUGGGCUUGUCCUCGGCCACCAUCCCCAAGAUGUUGGGCAUCUUCUGGCUCCACCUGCAGGAGAUCAGCUUUGGGAGCUGCCUAACCCAGAUGUUCUUCAUCCACAUGUUCACCGGCAUGGAGAGCAUGAUGCUCGUGGCCAUGGGCUAUGACCGCUACGUGGCCAUCUGCAAGCCUCUCCGCUACUGCACCAUCCUUACCAAUAAAUCCAUUAGGGUUAUCCUAGGGUUAGCUGUCCUGAGGAAUUUCUCUCUGAUAAUUCCAAUGGUGUUUUUUCUCUUGAGGUUGCCCUACUGUGGGCACCGAAUCAUCCCCCACACCUAUUGUGAGCACAUGGGCAUUGCCCGGUUGGCAUGUGCAAGUAUCAAACUCGACAUCAUUUAUGGUUUAUGUGUCAUCUGCCUUAUUCUUUUGGACAUACUGCUGAUUGCCCUCUCCUACAUCAGGAUCCUCCACACCAUCUUCAGACUGCCCUCUCAGGACGCACGACUCAAAGCCAUAAACACUUGCAUCUCCCACAUCUGUGUCAUCCUGGCCUUCUUCACCCCGGCCCUCUUCUCCUUCCUCACCCACCGCUUUGGACACGACAAAAUCCCUGGCUACGUCCACAUCCUCCUGGCCAACCUGUACGUGGUCGUCCCGCCCGCCCUCAACCCCAUCAUCUAUGGGGUGAGGACCAAGCAGAUCCGUGAACGUGUAGCCAGCAUUUUCACAAAUAAACCGUCAUUCUGAUCAGAACAA